AUGCUCGCCGAGAUUCGCGGUGAGAGUGCGGUGGUCGGGAAGUCGUCUCCCGACCCGCCUCGGAAGGAGAAGAGCAGCGGCAAGGAGAAGAGCAGCAGCGGCAAGGAGAAGCAUGGAAAGGAGAGGCGGAGAAGCCUGGAUGGGGGAAAGAAGCACCACGGCAAAGGCAAAGGAACGUCGGUAGAACCUUCGUCGCAGCAGCAGCAGGAGCAGGAGCAGCAGCAUGGGUCGUCGCAUCGCGAUCGCGACGAAGGCGAGGGCACGGACGCGACAUUUCGCAAGUGGUACAACAGCAAUGACGCGCAGGCGCAUUCCCAGCAUCACACGCCGCAUCACACCCCACGCACCGCCUCCCGCUUCCACGGGCUCUUCCGCAAGUCCUCCACCACCGAUUUCCCACCCCCCGCCGCGCUCGACUCCCCAGGCGCAACCGCGGACGGCGGAAGAACUCCCCCCGCCGCAGGCGCGAGCGCGGGCGAUGUGACGCCGGAGCAGAUGCUUUCCCCCGUUGUGCUCUCCCCGGUGGACGGGCACGCGCGAGGCGGGGUGGCAGCGGCGCUUAAAAAGGGUAUGUGGAAGUUCAACGCGCUUCGGCGCUCUGUCGGAUCCUCCGCAUCUGGCUCCGGAAGUGGGGUUACCAGCGGGGAGAUGUGUUACAGUGGGGAAGACAUGGGGGUGGGUGCGGAGAGCAGCGAGGCUAGACCCUCCAAAUCAUCGACGCUAAAGUCUCCCGUGGGGAAGAUGCGGAGUAGCGGAAGCAGAGGCGCGCAGGGUCAGACGCAGCGGCAGCAGCAGGCGACAGCAGAAACUGCAGGUACAAUCACAAUGGCAGCAACAGCAUUAGUACGUCCGCAGACCGCAGACGCCGCCACUGCGAGCCCCAGGGGCUUCAUGGGCGCAUCGUUCUCCUUCUCCCUGGACAGGCGGAAGGAAGCCGCAAAGAAGACCCUGCUCCCGCGCACCCCCAGCCCUCUCGCUAGCCCUGUUAAUUCGGGAGGGGCAGGCGGAAAGGUGCCGAGUGUAUCGAGCGCGGAGGGCCCAGGGGCGGUCCCAGCGUCGUCCCCGCUGUCCACGCCCUCGCCGCUUCUCACUCCGCUCGGCGCGGAGGGCAGGGGCAGGCGGAAGUCGCUGCUGGACUGGGACCUCGUUUCCCCCACGGCCGCGGGGCUGCUCGGGGGAGCCUCGCGCAUGUUCGGGCGGGAAUCGCGCAGGCAGCAGCAGCAGGUUGGAGGAGGGGAGGGAGGAGGGAGUGCGGCGGGCGUUGUUGCGUGUGUGAGGCCGAGCAGCAGCAGCGGCAGGAGGGUGGCUCGUCGGAGCAGCACGGGCGGGAAGAAGGAGCUGAAUAGGUCGCCUGGUGGUGGUGACAGCCCCGGUGGGGAUGGCGCAGACGCAGGGAGAGGCGCGGGAGGUGGGGUGCCGGUGUCUGUAUCCGAUAGUACUCCACAUAUGGUGCUGGGGCGAGCAGUGGGCGCGUCUAGCUGGCUCAAACCACAUGAUACUGCCGCUACUGCUGGUGGUGCUGCUGUGACUGCUGCUGCUGGUGCGGAUUCUUCCCCGGGAGUAGCAGCAGAGGGAAGAGGAGAUGGGGAGCAAGCGGGGGCGCGUGCUGCUGACAGUGCGGCACCAGAGCAGCGCGGCACGCAGCAGCAGCAUGAAGGGGGCGAGGGGCAGGGGUUACAGGUGGCCGUGGGGGAGGGAGGGCUGGGAGGAACGGACAGGGUGGAUUCGGGCAGGACUGUUAGCUGGGAGAGAGGGCUAGAAGGCGUCGGGUUGGAAGCAGGCUCCUUUGGUGGUCUGGCUGCUGCCGGUGCAGGGGCAGCAGGGGCAGCAGCUGCAGGCACAGCGGCUGCCGCUGCAGCUUCAUUUCGCAGGGAGCGGAGACUGGGUCGCAGCAGGUCACGAGCAGCAGCGAGCGGAGAGCUGCUAGCGCGAGCAGUGAUGUCCCCUUCUCUCCUCGACUCAGACUCGCUGCUAGCUGUAGACGCUGCUCUGGCUUCCGUUGACGCCUCCUCCUCCGCCGCCUUCUGUGGCUCAGGGGAAUUCACCCUUGAUCAAGUGCUUACCCCGCUUACUGUCCCCAACACGCCCAGCGGUAGCAUCCCGAGCACACCGUCUGCCAUCCUCUUUUCCCCCCGUUCUGGUGCGCAUGCGUGGGUUGCGCCUUCCCCCCGCCCCGCGCGUAGUCCCAGAGGCUCUGGCGGGGAAGGGGCUGCGGCGGCAGCAGCAGCGGCGGCGGCGGCGGCAGGGGCGGUAGGGGGAGCAGGGGGGGCAGGUGGGAGUGUUGCGGCGCGCAGGCACCAGCGGCACCGCAGCAAGUCGCGGUCAGGCGCGGACCUGGCAGGAGUGCUGGCGUGGGGGGAGGGUGGAGGGGCAGGACUUUCGGCUCUGGGUGCUACGAGCCCGCGUGGUGGCAAGGGAGGGAUGGUGGGCGGAGAGAAGGAGGGCGAGGGGAAGGAAAAAGGGGAGGGAACGGGGAAAGGAGGCGGAGGAGGAGGAGGAGGAGGAGGAGGAGGGGAUGGGAAGGCAGGAGGGGAGGGGAAGGUGGCAGAGCGGUCGCACUCGCAUAGGCGGUCCAAGUCUCGCGUGCGACCAGACAUGCUGCAUAUACCGCCCAAGCACCACAGCGAGGCGUGGGCGCAGGGAGGAGGGCCCAAAAGCGCGCCCAAUGCUGCCGCCUCUGCCGCGGCUGCUGCUGCUCUCAGCGGCGCGGAAGCGAAUGAGCGGCGGGAGCAGAGGCAGAGGAGGAGGGAGAGGAGCCGGUCGAGGGUGAUGGUGGAGGAGGGGCAGGUUGGGCCUGGUAGUGUGGGUAGUGGGUUCGGCAGCGGGGGUUCAGGGGUUGAUGGGGCUGCACAUGGCUUGCCUCCCUUGUCUCCUCGCAUCAUCCCACACACCCCCGCUUCCUCCUCCCCUUCUGCUGCCGCUCUUGAUGCCGCUGUUGCUGCGUUGCCGCCCCCCUCUGCUCCUGGUCCGCCCAUGGCAGUAGUUGCAGAAGGUGAGGAGAAGGCAGAAAUCAGAGUGCCAGUGGAAACAGCAGCGGCGGCAGAGGCAGCAGGGGCAGCAGAAGCAGCAGGGGUAGCAGGGGUAGCAGCAGCAGGAGAAGGUGAUGAUUCCUGUGUCUCUGCACCAACCCCCUUCUCCUUCCCCACCACUCCUCCUGCUGCCAUCGUUUUUCCCCCACUGCCCAUGCCUGCUGCAGCAGCAGGUGCAGAGCGGUGUGUGGAGGCAGAGAGUGGUGACGGGGUAGUGGUGGAGGUGCAAGAGGGGCGUGAAAAUGGUGUGAGGGAGAUGAUGGGGGAGGUGGGGCUGGGUAUGAAUGGGGGUAGCCGUGAAGCUGGGGAGGGGGACGCAGGGGAGGAGGGAGGGAAAGGCGUGGAAGGGAAGGAAGAGGGAGGGAAUGCAGAGGGAGAAACGGGGCUUGAAGGCGUGCCUGCAAUGCUUGUGCAGACUAACUUGGAGGUUGUGGAAAGGACAGGCGUAGGGGCAGAGGCAGAGGCAGAUGGAGGGGCAGUGGCAGGGGCAGAGGGAGGGGCAGAAGGAGAGGUAGAGGCAGACACAGGGUUAGGGGUGGAUGAAGAACUUUGUGCAGGCGAGAGGGGAGUCGAGAAGGAGGUUGUUGGGGACGAGAGAAAUGGCGCGCGUCUGCCUGCUGAAGCGCAGACAGAAAGUGCUGCUGCUGCCGCUUCUGCUGCUGAGAAGGACGGAGUAGAUGAGGAAGCGGAAGGCAGCGGGAUGGGGAGGGCAGACGGGGGGCCACGUAGGGUGGAGGAGGGGGAGGAGCAGGAGCAGGAGCAGGGUGAGAGCAGUAGCAAGGGGAUGGAAGAGGUUGGGGCAGGAGGAGGAAGAAGCAGCGGAGUGAACGCUCUUGUGAGUGGAGAGAAUGGUGAAACGAUGGCGAAGAGGAUAGAGAUCGAGGUGGAGAUAGAAAGAGAAGGAGAGGUGGAGGUAGAGGUGGGUGUGGUGGGUGUGGUGGGUGUAGACAGCAGCAUGGGUGGUGAGGAUGGUGUUGCUGAUGAUUUAAGGGAGGGGUUGAAGGGAGGAGUGGUGGAUGAGGAUGGACAGGGGGAGAAGGGAGAAGAGGGAGGAGAGGGAGGAGAGGCAGGAGAGGGAGGAAAGAAGGGACAGGUGGAGGAGGGGCAGCAGGUGAGUGUUGGCGUGGAAGUUAGUAUGGAGAGUGGUGAGGCGGGAGCAGAGAAGGAUGAGGGUGAUGGCGAAUCUUCGAGCCCACAGGUGCUGCUGCUGAGACAGGAGGGGAUCAGAGGGCCUGCCAGGAAUCUCGUGGGGGAGGAGGAGGGAGAAGAGGAGGAGGACGAGGACGAGGAGGAGGAUAUUUAUGAGGAUGAGUCAGAGGGUGAGUAUGUUGAUGGGGAGGAGGAGGAUGACAUGUUGCUUGAUGGAGAGGAGGAGUUGAUUAGUGACAGUGAGGAAGAGCUCAUGAGUGAGGAUGGCGGGUCUGUGAGCGGCGAUGCUGAGUUCGAUUCGGAGUACAGUGAUGGGAUGUACUCGGAAGGGGAGGAAGAGUAUUCUACAGAGGGGGAGGGAGAGGAGGAGGGGCAUGAGGAGGGGAGUGAGUCGGAUUUGGGUGGUACAAGGGUGGUGGGAGCGGGGCGGGUGAGGAGGAAGAGGGGAGGAAGGGUGGUGGCGCGUGGGAAGGGAGGAGUUGGGUUCAGAAAGCCUGGGCAUGGGAAUGAUAUUACAGAUGAGGACGAGGUUUGGAGUGAGGAGGUGGAGGUGGACGGGGAGGAGCAUGGGGUGUCUCCUGGUGCAAGCAGACACGCGCGUGUGCAUGGGAGGGGGCAUGGGAGGAGUCAUGGGGGGGUGCAUAGCCGCAAGCAUGGGCACUCACAGGUUGGCAAGGGGAGCAGGGGAGGGCAUGCGGAGAGAAGGCGAAGGGGUGUGGUGGGUGAACGGGUAGGCGACGAGGACAUGCCUCCAGAGCUGCUCUAUGUGCGCACGCUCUCCAUCAUGCGCCGCCCAGAAAUCGCCCACGCGCACGGGCAUGGGCAUGGCCACGCGCACGGUGCUCCUGCUGUGGCCGCCCGCGCGCUGCACAGGGAGUUUGGACCUGUGGCGGCGGCGCGGCGGCGCGCGCAGCAGUGCCGCGACCACUGGUCGUGGCUGUUCAUGCAGUAUCUCGAGAUGAUGCUGCAGCGUUUGGCGGGGCAGGAUGAUGAUGAUGAUGCCGUGUCGCUCAUGCCUGGCGGUCCAGGCCCGCAUGCAUUCAGUAUGGAUGAUGACGAUGAGGAUGAGUGCAUCGUCCCCCGAGCGGGGCCGGUGUCUUCUCUGUCGGAUCGGUCGUGGUCGGAUGCGGCGCCCGUGUGCGUCACUCGCAUCACGCACCGCCGCCGCAGCCGGCACUGGUCCGCCACCGAAGCCGUGCGGGAGUAUGAAUGGGUGCGGCGGAAGUUCAGAGGAGUGGCGGACAGUGCGGAGAAGCUCAGCGAGGCGCAUGUGGGGGAGGUGUUUGUGGCAGGGCUGGCUGUGUGGCUCAAGUACUGGGAGCAGUGGGGCGAGGUGAAGCCGCAGUGGGUGGUGGAGGAAGAGGAGGAGGAGGAGCAGGCGACUAGGGAUAGAGAGAGAGACAGUGUGAGUGGAGGGGGGAGCAGCGUGGGCGGGUUCCUGUCUCCUCGGUUUCCUGACUCUGCUGGUGCGUCUCCUUUGAGAGAUCCCUUGGGAUCAGCAGCAGGCGCUGCUGACGCCGGCAGCGCAGGAGACUUCUCAGCAGCAGCAGCAGGACACGGGGCAGGGGUGGGCAAGGGAUGGGGGCCGGAAGGGAGUCUGCAAGCCAGGCUCCUAGCAGAGGCGCUAGGCACAGGGCCGCCGCAACCAGCCACAUGUUCCCAUGAUGAUAUUCUCCUGGUGGCCGGGCUAGGAGCAGCAAUCAGCUCGUGGCAGCCUGCCACGGCGUGCAUGUGUCUGCUGCGCCUGCUGCACCGCAUUGCUCGCUUUGAACUCCUCGCUAACAACUUCGCGUGGCCGCGAGAAGGGUCCCUCUUCCGGGAGGGCUCUGGGGUGCUGGGCCGCGAGGGCAGCGGCAACUUCGGCUUGCAGGCCAGAGCAGCGUCGUCUCGCUCGCUCACACCGCCGGCCCGUGCGUCUGGCUUGGCUGGGUCGGGGAACAUGGGGGGUCUGCUGGGUGGUGGUGGUGAUGGUGGUGGAGGAGGAGGAGGAGUGGGGGCGGCGGCAGGAGCGGCAGGAGGUAGUGCAAGUGGCGGGAGUCAGCCUGGGUCGCCUGGCUCCAGAACCUCCACCUCCUCCAACCCCACAUCCUCCUCCAUGCCUCCCCUGCCCCCCUCCGCCUCCGCCUCUGCCUCCUCCCCACCGCUCUCCACACUCGUGCCAUCCUCCCUCUCCUCAUCCCCCCACACAUCCUCCUAUCUCCAAUCAUCCACUGUCGCCAGCACAUCUCUCCUCUCCUCUGCCCCAGAACUUCCCAGCUUUGGCCGAGUGCUCAACGUCAGGGUACCUUCCAAUCUCCCGGCCUGCCGAGCCUUCAUCCUCUCCUGCCUUAAGGCCGUCCUCACAGCAUGCCACGACCGAACGCUCUCCCACCCGCAACACCCCCUCCCUUCUGCCGGCUCCCCAACCUCCCCAACCAACCCUGCGUCCACGCACCAUCCGCUCACCUCCGUCUCCUCCCCGCCACGCCCCAACCUCCUCCUCCCCAGCCACCGAACCCAGAAGCCCUGGCAGCCUAUGCGUCUAGCAAGUCUCGCCGAGGUGGCUCUAGCAGAGGGUAUCGCGCGGGCGAAGCACAGCAAUCUCUCGGAGCGAUGCGAGGAGAUAGACAGGCUCUACUACAGCCUGGGUCUUGGCCCGGGCGUUCUAGCCAUGAACCUCGCUGCAGAGAUGAGGGAGAUGAAGCAUUUACACCCGGACGAUCUCGUCUCUCUCGCUCUGCAUAUGGAGUCGCUGGGAUUGGAGGAAGCGGCGUUCCAUGUGGUGCUGUGUGCGGUGGCGUCUGGCCGGCUGGCGGCCGAUGGGUUUGACCAUGUGAUCCGCAUGGUGUUUCAGGGCAGUGGCGCGGAGUCGGUUAACGCGAGAUUCGCCCGGCUUGCUAGUACGGUGAAGACUGCGCAUAUUGCCACUGUGGAAGGGGGAGGCGGAGGAGGGAGUGGGGGAGGGGGAGGGGGAGGAGGAGGAGCGGGAGGUGGUGGUGGUGGUGGUGGUGGGCCUGGCAAUGGUCCUGGUGCUGUUGGUGGCGCCGGGAUCGAGCGCAGCAGCAGCGGCAUGAGCACGAGCAGCAGCAUGGGGAUGGAUCGCAGCAGCAGCGGGGUGAGCAGGCGGGACAGGCCAGCAUCGUAUGUAGCAGAGCUAGCAGACGCCAUGCUGCGAUGCACCGACAUGAAACUCUGCCACCCGUGGGCGUACGAAGUGACGCUCAACUUUCUCCGCAUGCACUCCCGGGGCUUGCUCGGCGGGCCCGGAGCAGCCGGCGGUGCCCUGGGCGUGUCUCGAAUGGGCAACGUCGUGGUUGACUGGAGGGAGAAGGAGCUGAGCGCGCUGGUGAUGCUCAACCGCUGGCUGGGGAGUGGCGCUGCUGCUGCUGCUGCAGCGGCGGCUGCUGCGGGUGCGGGAGGAGGCGAGGUGGGAGGCGGUGAGGAGCGGGCGAUCGAGGUGAUAGAGAGGAUGGUGGAGCCGGCGACGGAGGUGGGGUGGGCUGUGUGGCUGCGCAUUGGGCGGAACAUAGAGACGGAGCUGCACCUGCCGCUGCUGCUCGAGUCCAUGCACGUGAAAUCGCUCAUGCACACAUACGAGGCCAUAGACGAGGAAGGCUCCUGUGCGGACCCACUAGACCUGGAAGUCUUCGACUGGGGUCUACGGGGGCUGCUGCUCGCGCUCCCGGACUCCACGUCCCCCGCCAUGCGCCCAGCGGCGCUGCUGGAGAUAGUGUAUCCGCUGGACGAGGAGAAGCCUGAUCUGUCGCUCGCUAUUGCGUCCCGCCUCGCUGCCACUGUGGCUGACUCGCGCAAGUGGCCCCUCGCGGACGUGCCAGCGCUGGUGGCGCAGAUACUCACCAUGACCGAUGACUGGCAUUUGAGCAAUGAGCAGAAGUCGCGGGCGGUGAACGUGGCGUGCCGGCUGUGGGGGUGGGCCAUGCCCAAGCGAGCGCAGCUGGUGAAGCAAUGCGAUAACGCGGAGGAGGUGAGGGAGGUGAUGGAGAGGAGUGCUGCUUCCAUCUGGCGCUCCGUGGGUGCCUCAGCAGGAUCAUCACCUCGGAACAUUUGA